UAAUCGCAUUACGGUAAUAACAAAAUAAAAAAAAAUAAAAAAAAGGAGAAAGAUGCGAUCAGUUUGAAAGGAGAAGAAGAAGAAGAUAGCUAGUGAUCCUUUGUUUUCAACAGGGAAUUUUUUUUUUUGCUGUUUUUGGAGCUCAAUUUUCGCUGGAAACUUGUUGUAACGACGCUUCGAACUAAAGACUCCAUUUUCAAUUCAACUUAUGCGAAAGCUGCCUCCGAUUUCGAUUCAAGAAGCAUGGAAUCGCAGUUUGGACCUUCAAGAAAGAUGGAUAUCUAUGAUCCUAUUCAACAGAUUGGUAUGUGGGAAGAAAAUUUUGAUACUGAUAGCCAUCUGCAUGCAUCUGUGUCAAUGAUUGUCGAAGUGGAUAACAAGAUACCGAACAAGUCUGAAACUGCUUCACACGAGAUGCUUGCACCUUCUAACAAGUAUGAUCAAGAAGCAACUAAACCUAUAGAGAAGAUACAAAGACGGCUUGCACAAAACCGUGAGGCUGCUCGUAAAAGCCGAUUGCGGAAAAAGGCUUAUGUUCAACAGCUAGAAAAUAGUCGUUUAAAGCUGAUUCAAUUGGAGCAAGAGCUUGCACAAAUGAAGCAACAGCGUGUUUAUAUGGGUGGCGGGGUAGUAUAUGGUAACCUUGGAUUUUCUGCACCAUCAAACUCAGGGAUUGCUGCAUUUGAGACAGAAUACGGGCAUUGGAUGAAGGAACAAAGCAAACAAAUAUCUGAUCUGAGGACUGCUUUGAAUACCCAAAUAAGUGAUGCAGAACUUGGGAUGCUUGUGGAAACCGGCAUGAACCAUUAUUCUGAACUAUUUCGCAUGAAAUCAACUGCUGCAAAGGCUGAUGUGUUCUAUGUGAUGUCUGGCAUGUGGAAAACAUCUGCUGAGCAAUUUUUCUCUUGGAUUGGAGGGUUUCGCCCCUCAGAGCUUCUUAAGGUGCUCUUGCCUCAGCUUGAUUCCUUGACAGAACAACAAUUCUUUGACGUUUGUAACCUGAAACAAUCAUGUCAGCAAGCUGAAGAUGCGCUUUCACAAGGCAUGGAGAAACUACGAGAACUCGUGUCGGUGACCGUGGCGGAUGGUCAACUGGGGGAAGGUAGUUACAGUUCUCAGGUGAAUACUGCAAUGGAAAAGGUAGAAGCUCUAGUCAGCUUCGUGAACCAGGCAGACCACAUUCGGCAGGAAACGCUGCAGCAGAUGUCUCGAAUCCUAACGCCUCGACAGACGGCUCGAGGCUUACUCGCUUUGGGCGAAUACUUCGAACGUCUUCGAGCUUUGAGUACGCUAUGGUCUUCUUGUCCUCGUGAACCUGCAUAGGCAUUAAACAGUUGAAGAUCCUCCUACAUACACGAUGUUUGCCGAUCACUGCAACACUUGGUUUUUCCUUCAUACAAAGGCAUCUCUUGGUAAAUGCUAUUGUGAACAUAAUUGCCUACAUUUUUUCUUUCUUCCUUUUGAAGCAGAACAGAGAGAUCUGAGAUGGUGUACAUAUGAGUAGUUAAUUUUACAUU